CAUCUUAAAACACGUCCGUGAUUAUUACGCGCCGCAGCGCCGGAAACUCACUGGAAGAGUAAGAUCGUGUCAGUGACGGUUCAAGACGGCGAGUGAGACACACAUUAAAGAAGAGAAACUGUCACGAUGCUUCCACUGUCUCUGCUGAAGACCGCCCAGAACCAUCCUAUGUUGGUGGAGCUGAAGAAUGGAGAGACGUACAACGGUCACCUGGUCAGCUGUGACAACUGGAUGAAUAUCAACCUGAGAGAAGUCAUCUGCACCUCGAGGGAUGGAGAUAAGUUCUGGAGGAUGCCUGAGUGCUACAUCAGAGGAAGCACCAUCAAGUAUCUGCGAAUCCCAGACGAGAUCAUCGACAUGGUGAAGGAGGAGGUGGUGUCGAAGGGCCGCGGACGUGGAGGCACCCAGCAGAACAAACAGCAGGGCAAAGGAAGAGGAGGAGCUGGCCGAGGUCUGUUUGGUGGUCGUGGCAGAGGAAUGACCGGCCCAGGCCGGGGACAGCAGCAGCAGCCACAGCAGCAACAACAGCAGCAGCAGGAUAAGAAACUGGGCAAACCACAGGGAAUGAAGAACCAGCACUGACAGACGACAAUUACACCUUCAACAGCACAUGUUCAGAGCGAUUACUCCUUCAGUACGUGAAGAUAAAAUUAACUCUCUGGUGUUUCCUUCUGCUGUGACGUUUGUUAGGACUGAUCACACUGGGAGAAGUUAAGAGAAGCUGUGCUUGUGCACUGAAUUUUGAUUUUUAACAUCUGUAAGUUUUUUUUUGUUUUUUUUUACACUAUGAACACAUAAACCAGUGACACAGCUGGCAGACUCUUUCUUUAGUAACAAUUUAUAAUGUGUAUCAUCACAACUUUGCAAGAAUAUUUUGUAUCAUAAGUGAAAUUGUAGGAUCCAAAAACAGAUUUUCAUCAGUUGGCACACUGGAAUGAGGUUUUUAUUUGUUUUGUGUUUUUUGGUAGUUUUCGUGGUUAAAAAAAACUGCCCAGCCCCAACUUCUGUUGCAUGAACAUUUUUUUUAACUUGCUCUUUAUUUUUGUGUUGUUUGUGACGUUCUGCUGUACUGUAUGGUCCGAUCACAGAAGUAGACUGGCAGUCAGGGGACGAAGAUUCAUUCACAUUUGUUAAAGCAUUUCUGAGGUGACACGUUAUGAUCAUUAGGAUUUCCAGAAGAAAAAAAAAAAAAGAUUCUCAUAUUCUUAAGUCUAAAAUGGAUAAGUCCAACAUGUGUCUUGUUGGUUGGGUUUCAUUUUAUUUUUGUAACAGACGACAAUGUUGUAAUUUAUUUACAUGAGAACAUGAGAAUAAAACAAGUUUUGUUAAA